CUCUCUCUCUCUCUCUCCCUCUCUAACCUCGUCUCUCUUUGAAUUCGAGUUCAAGCAUCAAUGGAAACCCUACUAGCUGAAUCUGUGCAAAACAGCCUUGGCCAAUUUAUGUACCACAACGCCAUUUUCAUGUGUGAACGACUCUGUGCCGAGUUCCCCACUGAGACAAAUAUGCAGCUUUUAGCUGGCUGCUACCUGCACAACCAACAGGCUUAUGCUGCAUAUCAUCUUCUCAAGGGGACAAGUAUGGCUCAAUCCCGCUACUUGUUUGCACUAUCAUGCUUUCAGAUGGAUCUUCUCACUGAAGCUGAGACAGCACUUUGCCCUCCUAAUGAGCCAACUGCAGAGGUUCCAAAUGGUGCAGCUGGGCAUUACCUUCUUGGUCUUAUUUACAGGUAUACAGAUAGAAGAAAUAGUUCCAUCCAGCAUUUCAAUCAGGCAUUGUUAUUGGAUCCAUUGCUAUGGGCUGCAUAUGAGGAGUUGUGUAUACUAGGUGCUGCAGAAGAAGCAGCUGCAGUUUUUGGGGAAGCAUCUUUGCUUUGCAUUCAGAAACAACACAUAGACCAAGGGAACCAAUCUCAAAAUUUACAAGCAUCCACUGAUGAUCAGAAUGUAGCUUCUACGAAUAUUGUCUCAGGCGACAUCAGCCCUAGGCAAUCAAAACAUACACACAGCAAUAAUCUUCGAGAAAUGUCUGGAAAUUAUAAUGGAGCAGCUGCUAUCCAGAAUUUAGGUGGGGUUUCUACUAACAUGUCAUUCUACAACACUCCCUCACCAAUGGCAUCACAGUUGUCAGGAGUGGUUCCACCUCCAGUUUGUAGAAAUUUUCAGCAAAAUGGAACUAAUGCAUCUGUGGCUGGUGCUGAUAAUUCUCCACGAGCAACUGUCAAUUCAACCAUUCAGGCCCCUCGGAGAAAGUUUGUUGAUGAGGGGAAGUUAAGAAAGAUAUCUGGGAGGUUAUUUUCUGAUUCUGGCCCUCGACGAAAUUCAAGGCUUGCUGGAGAAUCUACUGGAAACACAAAUUCAAAUGUAUCUGGUGCUUCUGGAAAUGGAACAAUUCAUUCUUCCAAAUAUUAUGGUAGUUCGAAGCUGAGCUCAAUGACUUUACGUUCCAUGACAAGUCGAAAGGCACAAUCUUGGGCUACCGAAAACUAUGGUGAAGGGACUCGCAAUGACAUUUCUAAUGAUUCUCGGCUAAAUAUGACUAUGUCACACCCUUCUGGAGAUGCUAGACCUCUUGAACAAGAAGGGCCCGGAACUUCUGCUUCUGGGGUUAAUGUAAGCAGCACAUCUAUCCUCUCAGGUGCUUCAGAGAUAUUGGCCCUUUUCAGGAUUCUUGGGGAAGGCUAUAGACUUUCUUGUUUAUAUAGAUGUCAGGAUGCACUGGAUGUUUAUAACAAACUCCCACACAAACAUUAUCACACUGGAUGGGUUCUUUCUCAGAUUGGAAGAGCAUACUUCGAAAUGGUUGAUUACCUAGAAGCAGAUCAUGCAUUUGGCCUUGCUCGUCUGGCCUCACCUUAUAGUUUAGAAGGAAUGGACGUGUACUCGACAGUGUUGUUUCAUCUCAAGGAGGACAUGAAGUUGAGCUAUCUGGCGCAGGUGCUGGUAUCAACUGAUAGAUUAGCUCCUCAAUCUUGGUGUGCUAUGGGGAAUUGCUAUAGUUUACAGAAAGACCAUGAAACUGCUCUUAAAAAUUUUCAACGAGCUGUACAACUAAAUCCUAGAUUUGCAUACGGGCACACGCUUUGUGGUCAUGAAUAUGUUGCUUUAGAAGAUUUUGAAAAUGCUAUUAAGUGCUAUCAGAGUGCACUUCGUGUGGAUGCCAGGCAUUACAAUGCCUGGUAUGGGCUUGGAAUGAUCUAUCUCCGACAGGAGAAGUUUGAAUUUUCAGAGCAUCACUUUCGAAUGGCUUUGGGUAUAAAUCCACAGUCUUCUGUUAUCAUGUCAUAUCUUGGCACUGCAUUACACGCUCUGAAGAAAAAUGAAGAGGCAUUGGAAGUGAUGGAGCUGGCUAUUGUAGCAGACAAGAAAAACCCUCUUCCAAUGUAUCAGAAGGCUAACAUCCUUGUGAGCACGGAAAGUUUUGAUGCCGCUUUAGAAGUCUUAGAGGAACUUAAAGAGCAUGCUCCUCGUGAGAGCAGUGUCUAUGCUUUGAUGGGUCGGAUAUACAAGAGGCGUAAUAUGUACGACAAAGCCAUGCUUCAUUUUGGAGUGGCAUUAGAUUUAAAACCAUCUGCAACUGAUGUUGCUACCAUUAAGGCUGCCAUUGAAAAGCUGCAUGUACCAGAUGAGAUGGAAGAUGAAUUAUAACAUAUCUGAAUGAACUGGAAACAUGAGAAGAUCAGGCUGUAAAUUAUCCAGCUCAAAAUAUACAACUACUUGAAGUUCUUGCAUCCUUUUCCUUUCGAGAAAGCUCCAUGUACAAACAAGUCACUGAGAAAACAUGUUCUUUUCAUGAAAAUCUUUUGCAGCUCCGAAAGGAUUUCAUGGUUUGUUCGUCUCACACUUGAGAGGACAU